AAGCGACGGGAUUCGGAAUCUCGCCUAAAGUCCUGCGACCGCCGGAUGCCUGUGCGUGCGGGGUCCGUGGGGGCGGUACGCGGAGCGAGGCCCCGAUGCGUGAUUGACAGUCCCGUUCCCAGAGCCCCCGGCGCAGGCCAGGAUGUUCGUCUUGGUGGAGAUGGUUGAUACCGUAAGGACCCCCCCGUGGCAGUUUGAGAGGAAGCUCAACGACUCCAUUGCCGAGGAGCUGAACAAGAAGUUGGCCAACAAGGUCGUGUACAACGUGGGACUCUGCAUCUGUCUGUUCGACAUCACCAAGCUUGAAGAUGCCUACGUGUUCCCAGGAGACGGUGCAUCGCACACCAAAGUCCACUUCCGCUAUGUGGUGUUCCACCCGUUCCUCGACGAGAUUCUGAUUGGGAAGAUCAAAGGCUGCAGCCCGGAGGGAGUGCAUGUUUCUCUAGGGUUCUUUGAUGACAUUCUCAUCCCUCCAGAGUCCCUGCAGCAGCCAGCCAAGUUUGACGAGGCAGAGCAGGUGUGGGUGUGGGAGUACGAGACGGAGGAGGGAGCCCACGACCUGUACAUGGAUACCGGCGAGGAGAUCCGCUUCCGGGUGGUGGACGAGAGCUUCGUGGACACGUCCCCCAGCGGGCCCAGCUCCGCCGAGGCCACCGCUUCCAGUGAGGAGCUGCCAAAGAAGGAGGCUCCGUACACGCUUGUGGUGAGGGAUCCAUCAGUGAGCCGGGCCUGGGCCUUCUUUCCUGGUGGACCAGCAGCUAGCCCUGGGCUUGACAGUGGCCUGGUCCGCAGACCGCACCCCAGCCCUCCAGGGGGUGCCAUGACGACAGCCUGUGCUCAGGGGAGCUGGAGGGCGGGGGCCGAGAGUGCCCUGCCAGCUUGUCUCCUCCCCCACCACCCUGGCCUUGGUCCUCUUCCCAAAGUCCUGCUCUCAGUGACAACAAAGACUGUAUUUAAUAAACAAUGGCAGCAUCAGUUGGGGAACCACUGUCUCAAUGGCCAUCAGGUCACUAACUUGCCGCACCUGGGACAGCAUGUCCUUCCUCUCCCCAACUCACUCGCAGAGACGGCCCCACCACAGACGGCAGGACUUGGGGGCUGCGUGAUCCAGGCUGCCUCAGACCGGGCUUUGAGCCGGUUGAGCUUGGUGGCUCCAUAAAGUGACGCGGAGCGAGGCUGGCCUGUGGUCGCUGCCUUGGGCCCCAGAAGCUGCCAGUUGCUGAGAAGAGUCUGACCACUAAGGGACACGCACCUUCCUUCCCACCAACCUGCGGAAGGUGGAGGCUGUGGGCUUUGCUGGCCCAAGGCGAGGGCUGGGGCUAGGUGUCACUCUCAGACCUUGGCCACACCGGGAACAAUCCUGUGGGUCUGAUGCACGAGGGCGCGCACCCCAGUUUAUGCAGCACAAUGGCUUUGCUGGGUUCCUCCUGCCCCUUCACCCACUUCUGCCAGGACAGACUGGUUUUAUAGUAAGUCUUGUCCUGGUGAAGGGUCCCUGCCCUGGCCUUUAUGGCUCACAUGGCACCAGAGCGUGGUGCAGGUAGUGCCAGUCGAUACGGCUCCAGGAGGAGCAGCUGUGGGACGGUGCCUGCUGCUGCCUUGUGCUGAGGGGCAGGGGACAGUGAGCACCAUGGACUAGCUGUGACCUUGGACAGGGUCGCCUGUGUGGAAGAUGGUGGUUGUGUCCACCUGUGUUUGGAGGACUGAAUCAAUACCCAGGGGAAGGAGAGGCCUUCCUUCUGGGAGGCUCCAUCUUGGGCCCAGCGCCUGGCUGCCUGGCCCACCGGGAAAGCUACUGGACUGGGGGAGGGAGGUAGGAGAGACUGCCCUGCAGGCAGAGGUGGGUCAGGGCGGGGAGGGGGCGGAGAAGGCGGCGAAGUCUGCCAGCUCACGUCUCCUUUGCUGCAGUGAGGGUCCAGCUGUGGUAGUAUCAUCGAGGGCCUCCACCAACUCUGGUACAAAGACCACUCUGAACCCUGGAGUUGGUAACAGCACAGACACCACCACGCACACACGGGAACAGUCACUGAUGUGAAUUCUUAUUUUCCUUAUAAGAGCAAAAGUUUCUUUAAAAUCCUUCAGCCACCAGUGAAAUGAUCAGACAGGAGUAAAACUUUAGAUGGGAGUCUUGUCAUCAAAAAUAAAUACAGUUGCAUGGCACUGCUCAAGAUCUGAACCAAA